ACCCGUCUGUCACGUCAUUCUAGGCAGUUCGAUCGGUAGCGGGAGCGGAAAGCGGACAAGCGAGGGAGCUCGAAGGCACCAGCCCCCCCCACCGCCGGCCUUAGUUACCAUCAACACCCGGGGGAAGAGAAGAAAAAUAACGAUAACACAAACGAGCCACCGCCGGCCCGAGUCAUCACCAGAAGAAAACCAUCAUGAGCAGUGAGGUCGAAACCGUGCAGCAGCAGCCGCAGCAGCCAGCCGCCUUGGACAGCAAGCCCGUCACAGAACCGGCGGCCACUGUGGGAGAGAAAAAGGUCAUCGCAACCAAGGUUUUGGGGACUGUGAAAUGGUUUAAUGUGAGGAACGGAUACGGCUUCAUUAACAGGAAUGACACCAAGGAAGAUGUGUUUGUACAUCAGACUGCCAUUAAGAAGAACAACCCUAGGAAGUACCUUCGCAGUGUGGGUGACGGAGAGACUGUGGAGUUUGAUGUAGUGGAAGGAGAGAAGGGUGCAGAAGCAGCUAAUGUAACUGGUCCUGGUGGUGUUCCAGUCCAAGGUAGCAAAUAUGCAGCAGACCGUAACCAUUAUAGGCGCUAUCCACGUCGCCGGGGUCCACGUAACUACCAGCAAAAUUACCAAAACAGCGAAGGUGGAGAAAAGCCAGAAGAAGUGGAGAGUGCACCAGAGAGAGAGGGGGGUAACCAGCAGCGCCAAUACCACAGGAGGCAAUACCCACCAUACUUCCGGAGACCGUAUAUACGCAGACCUCAGUAUACUAAUGCACCACCCCAGGGAGAAGCUGUAGAGGGAGCAGACAAUCAAGGUGCAGGCGAUCAAGGCAGACCAGUGCGACAGAACAUGUUCAGAGGCUACAGACCAAGAUUCCGCAGGGGACCCCCUCGUCAGAGACAACCCAGAGAAGACGGAAACGAAGAAGACAAAGAGAAUCAGGGGGAUGGAUCCCAGGGUCAGCAACCACCUCAACGUCCAUACCGCCGUAAUUUCAACUACAGACGCAGACGCCCAGGAAACCCUAAGCCACAAGAUGGUAAAGAGACCAAGGCAGCCGAAACAUCAGCUGAGAACACGUCCGCUCCCGAGGCUGAGCAGGGCGGUGCUGAGUGAACACCGGCUUACCAACUCUACCACCAUCCGGUUUGUCAUCAAAACAAGAUUGAAAUUUCCAGCAAUAAGAAAUGAACAAAGAAUUGGAACUGAAGACCUAAGUGCUUGCUUUUUGCCGUUGACCAGAUAAUGUCGUCAUCCUGCGCAGAAUCUCGCAGAGAUGAUUUUUUAUUUUUUAUCUAAAGUCUCCUUUUGGGAACAACGAUUUUUUAAAAGCAUAUUUUUUCUCAAUGUACCUUCAAAGGUUUUUAAAUUGUUUCCUAUCUGGUCAAACUAUAAAGAUUUUUAAGAACCUCAUUUUUAAUUUGUAAUAAAAACGUACACCUGAUUUUUUUCAAAGUCAACAAAUUGCAAGCAUCGGUUAAUAAAGGUCUCAAUAUAACAA